CCUGCAUCCAUGUAGGCUUAACUAUAGGAUUUCAACUUAAGUCUGUAACUAAGAUGGCUGCCGCACAGCGUGUUUAUUUGCCAAGAUCCAACAGAUUCAAUGAUAUGCGUGAUGAGGAACUUCUUAAGAGAUACAGACUGAACCAACAAGGUAUUAGAUUUUUAUUGCAACUUGUUGGAGCACAAAUACAGCCAUUAACUGGACGGAAUCAUGCAAUUGACGCGACAACAAAACUUUUAGUCACUUUGAGGUUCCUGGCAACAGGCAAGUUUCAAUUGUGUAACGGGGAUGAUCAUGGGUUGAGCCAACCGAGCGUUUCACGUGCGAUAUGCACGACUGUAGAAGCCUUGACCACACCUGCCAUGGUGGCACGGUUUAUACACUUUCCCAGUCCUGCCGAGUGUCAACGUAACAAGGUGGAGUUUCACCGGACAGCCAACUUCCCGGGGGUGAUCGGCGUCAUUGAUGGCACACACAUACAGAUACAGGCACCGACUGUAAAUGAGGAUGUUUACGUCAAUCGGCAUCACUACCACAGCAUCAACACACAGGUAGUAUUCGAUCCCUUCGAUCGCAUCAUUGACAUCGUUGCACGCUGGCCUGGGUCCACACACGACUCGAGAAUCUUGUCCCAGAGUGGCCUUUUCCGGUUAAUGGAGGGUAACAACUUGCCAGCUGGGUGUCACCUCCUCGGUGACAGCGGUUAUCCGUCCAGACGUUGGUUGCUAACACCUUUCUUACACCCACAACCCGGCUGUCAGAUUAAAUACAACCGAGCUCACAAGAUCACAAGAAGUUGUGUUGAGCGGGGAAUUGGCCAGCUGAAACGCAGAUUUGGGGUCCUUCAUGGUGAGAUCAGACAAUCCCCAGAGAGAACAUGCAAGGUAAUAAUAGCCUGUGCUGUUCUCCAUAAUAUUUGCAAGGAGAUGAACAUACCGAUUCCACCAGGUGAUGGCAACCUACAGCAACAACGGCACGCAGCCACAUUACCAGCCGUCCUGCCACCACAAGGUCUGAUGGGAGUGCGCUACAGGGAACAGUUUGCAAGGACUCAUUUUCCAUGACUUCUAAGGAAGUUGUUGAUAUGGAUGCUGCUGCUGAUAGUGAUGCUGAUGCUGCUGCUGCUGCUGAUGAUGAUGACUGUCCCACCUGUGAUGUAGGAAAAGGACAUCUGACUCCCUCUUGAACUGGAUCUAACUCUCUGAAACACAGAUGUAGAUUAUCAGUAUUGUAUUCAUCAAAAUAUAUCAUUACUUUUUAAA